AUGGCGCCCAACAAGGACACCAUGUUCCGCUCGGCGGACAUGUCCUUGACCCAGCUGUACAUUGCCAAUGAGAUUGGCCGCGAGGUCGUCUCUGGCCUUGGAGAGCUUGGUGUCAUGGACUUUAGAGAUCUCAAUGCCGACACGACCGCCUUCCAACGUACCUUUACUCAGGAGAUCCGCCGCCUCGAUAACGUGGAACGACAGCUCCGUUACUUUCGCGCCCAGAUGGAGAAGUCAAACAUCUCGAUGCGCUCCAUCUACGACUUCAACAACCCCUUCACUGCACCUUCCGCCUCCGAGAUCGACGAACUCGCGGACAAGAGCCAGAGCUUGGAACAGAGAAUCUCUUCGUUGAAUGAGAGCUACGAGACAUUGAAGAAGCGCGAGGUGGAGCUCACAGAGUGGCGUUGGGUUUUGAGAGAGGCUGGCGGCUUCUUCGACAGAGCCCGUGGCCAGACCGAGGAGAUUAGGCAUUCCGUUGACGAUGAUGACGCGCCGCUGCUUCAGGAUGUCGAGCAGAAUGGACAGGGUGACACGGGCGCCGAGCGCUCAUUUACCGUCAUGAACAUUGGCUUCGUUGCUGGUGUCAUUCCCCGAGAACGCAUCGCCGCAUUCGAGCGCAUCUUGUGGCGUACCCUGCGCGGUAACUUGUACAUGAACCAGUCGGAGAUCCCCGAGGCCAUCAUCAACCCAGAGAACAACGAGGAAACCAACAAGAACGUCUUCAUCAUCUUCGCCCACGGCAAGGAGAUUAUUGCAAAGAUCCGGAAGAUUUCAGAAUCACUCGGUGCCGACCUCUACAGCGUGGACGAGAACAGCGAACUCCGCCGCGAUCAGAUCCGUGAGGUCAACACGCGUCUGAAUGACCUCGCUAGCGUCUUGAAGAACACAAAGUCCACACUGGAUGCCGAGUUGACUGCGAUAGGACGCAACCUUGCAGCAUGGAUGGUCGUCAUCAAGAAGGAGAAGGCUACCUACGAGACACUGAACAAGUUCUCCUACGACCACCAGCGCAAGACGCUCAUCGCCGAAGCCUGGGCGCCUACCAACUCCCUUGGAUUGAUCAAGUCGACCCUUUCGGAUGUCAACGAGCGUGCUGGCCUGUCCGUACCCACCAUCGUCAACCAGAUCAAGACUACCAAAACCCCACCGACAUACUUCAAGUCAAACAGGUUCACCCUCGGUUUCCAGACCAUCAUCGACGCUUAUGGAACCAUCAAGUACCGCGAAGUUAACCCUGCUCUGCCAGCCAUUGUCACUUUCCCUUUCAUGUUUGCUGUCAUGUUUGGUGAUGCUGGACAUGGUGUCAUCCUCCUUCUCGCAGCUUGCGCCAUGAUCUACUUCGAAAAGCGACUUGAGCGCAGCAAGCUCGACGAGCUCUUCUCCAUGAUGUUCUACGGUCGCUACAUUGUCUUCAUGAUGGGUAUCUUCUCCAUCUACACUGGUCUUCUCUACUGCGACGCUUUCUCUCUUGGCCUCCCCUGGUUCAAGUCCAUGUGGGUAUGGGACAACGACGGCAAGGGCCCAACAUCCACCCGUGUAGAAGGUUACACCUACCCCUUCGGUCUAGACUACCGCUGGCACGACACCGAAAACGAUCUCCUCUUCUCCAACAGUUACAAGAUGAAGCUCAGUAUCUUGCUCGGUUGGUCCCACAUGACCUUCUCCCUCAUGUGGUCGCUCGUCAACGCGCGCUACUUCAAGACCAAGAUCGACAUUUGGGGUAACUUCGUCCCUGGUAUGAUCUUCUUCCAGUCCAUCUUCGGUUACCUCGCCUUCACCAUUGUAUACAAAUGGUGCAUCGACUGGCCUGCACGUGGCGAGAGCCCGCCUUCUCUACUCAACAUGUUGAUUUACAUGUUCUUGAGUCCCGGUACUCUUGAGGCUGGUACUCAGCCGCUUUACCCUGGUCAAGCAUUUGUUCAGGUCGUUCUCCUGCUGUUGGCGCUUGCGUGUGUCCCCAUCCUUUUGUUCCUCAAGCCAUUCUACCUGCGGUACGAGCACAACAAGGCUCGCGCCAUGGGAUACCGUGGUAUUGGCGAGAGCACACGUGUCAGUGCGCUGGACGACGACGACGAGGAUGGUCAUAUGAAUGGUGGUGGUCGCGAGAGCUUCGGAGACGACGAUGAUAUUGCCAUGAUCACCCAAGAUAUUGGCCACGGCGAAGAGCACGAGGAGUUUGAAUUCAGUGAAGUCAUGAUUCAUCAGGUUAUUCACACCAUCGAACUCGGUUCGUCAAUCCAUCGUCAAUUCCGCCAGUCGCACGAGGGCCACAAGCCACACGCCGGUCUCGACGCUACACGCGCUUCCACAGGUGUUGUGUGGACAUCAGAACAAGCAUACAAACACGGUUUCCUCGAACACCCAGAAGAAUGGGCAAACUUGGGUCAGGGUGCACCUGAGGUCGAUGAUAGCAUUAAAGGCUGCUUUGAGAGGCCGAAAGAGGUUGAUAUCAGUGCUCAUGGCAGAGAAUAUGGCCCGACUGCUGGUAUCAGGCCGCUGAGAGAGGCGGUUGCAACGCUAUACAACGAGCAUCACCGCAAGUGGCGCAAGAGUCAGUACACAUGGGAGAACGUAUGCAUUGUCCCUGGUGGACGUGCGGGUUUAAUCCGUAUCGCUGCUGUUUUGGGCAACUGCUACUUGGGUUUCUUCAUUCCUGAUUACACCGCCUACAACGAGAUGUUGUCGCUCUUCCGAAACAUCGCCGCCAUUCCCGUCCCUCUAGGCGAAGCCGACCAAUACCACAUGUCACCCGACAAGAUCGCAGAGGAAAUCGCUCGCGGUACAUCCGUCAUCCUCACAUCGAACCCGCGUAACCCCACCGGCCAAAUGGUCACCAACCCCGAACUCGCCCAGAUCCAAAACAUCUGCCGAGACCGCGCAACCCUCAUCAUGGACGAGUUCUACUGUGGAUACAACUACACCACCAACUGCGACGGCACCGUCAUCUCCGCCGCCGACAACGUCGAAGACGUAGACGAGGACGACGUGCUCAUCAUCGACGGUCUAACCAAGCGCUUCCGUCUCCCCGGAUGGCGCGUAGCAUGGGUCAUUGGUCCUAAAGAAUUCAUCCAAGCUAUUGGCUCCUGCGGUUCCUACCUCGACGGCGGCUGCAACGUGCCCUUCCAAGAAGCCGCCGUAGAAAUGCUUUCCCCACCCCGCGUCCGCAACGAGAUGCGCGCUCUGCAAAUGCACUUCCGCACCAAGCGCGACUUUGUCAUUGGCCGUCUCCAGGAAAUCGGUUUCAAGUUCCCGUACAUGCCCAACUCGACGUUUUACCUCUGGCUUGAUCUUUCCAACCUGCCUGAGGGUAUCAACGACGGUCUCAACUUCUUCCAAGCUUGUCUUGAUGAGAAGGUUAUUGUUGUGCCGGGUAUUUUCUUCGAUCUGAACCCCAGUAGGCGUAGGGAUCUUUUCGAUUCUCCUUGCCAUCACUUUGUUAGGUUGAGUUAUGGACCUAGGAUGGAUGUCCUGGAGAAGGGGUUGGAUUCUAUUGAGAGGAUUGUUAAGAAGUACAGGGAAGAACCACAGAAGCAUCGUGCUGUAUCGCAUAGACCGAGGGGUACUGGUGCGCCUAACUAG